AUGUCUCUCAAGCCGAUCACUCUCUGGGGCCACGACAGCGGCCCCAACCCCUGGAAGGUGGCCAUCGUCCUCGAGGAGCUCAGCGUCCCUUAUACGCACAAGAUCAUCGAGUUCCCGGACAUGAAGAAGGAACCGUACGAGUCGAUCAACCCCAACGGCCGGGUGCCUGCAAUUGAGGACCCGAAUACGGGCAUCACGCUGUGGGAGUCGGGCGCCAUCGUCGAAUACCUGGUCGAAACCUACGACAAGCAACACAACAUCAGCUUCGCCCCCGGCUCGAACGAGUACUACGAAGCGAAGCAGUGGCUGCACUACCAGGUCUCCGGCCAGGGCCCGUACUUCGGGCAGGCCGUGUGGUUCACCCGCUACCACCCCGAGAAGCUCCCCAGCGCUGUCGACCGCUACGUCAAUGAGAUCCGUCGCGUCUCCGGCGUCCUCGACCGCGCCCUGCAGGGCAAGGAAUUCCUCGUUGGCGGCAAGUUCAGCUAUGCCGAUGCGGCGUUCGUGAAUUGGUAUGCCAUUGUGCCCCUUUUCGCUGGCAGGAUCAACCUCGAGACGGACUUCCCCCUCCUCAACGCCUGGUUGGAGCGCAUCAAGGCCCGUCCGGCCAUUGCAAAGAUCCUGCAGGACCGGGAUGCGGCUAUGAAGGCCAAGUAA